GUCUGCAUUAGAUCAGCAGCUUUUUGGCACCAGCUGCAUCCAGACGUCAUGGGGUUAUGUGCAAGGAAAGACCCCACAGGAUGGCUCUACCCUACAAUCAUCCUAUGCUUCUAUGGCUUUUUCACCUUCUUGAGACCUUCAGAGCCUUUUUUGACCCCAUAUCUUACAGGACCAGAGCACAAUCUUACUGUUGAUCAGAUGACAAACUCCGUGUUUCCAGUAUGGACAUACAGCUACCUUGCAAUAUUGUUUCCUGUAUUUUUGCUCACAGACUACCUGAGAUAUAAGCCUGUAAUUAUCUUGCAAAGUCUGAGUUAUAUCACCACUUGGAUCCUUCUGCUGUUUGCACGUGGAGUACCAGCUAUGCAAGGCAUGGAGUUUCUAUAUGGUAUGGUCACUGCAACUGAAAUAGCUUACUUUUCCUAUAUCUAUAGUGUGGUUGACACUGAACAUUACCAACGGGUUACCAGCUACUGUCGAAGCAUCACAUUAAUUGGUUUUACUGUUGCUGCUGUUCUCGGGCAAAUCCUUGUGUCCUUGGCUGGGGUUUCCUACUUUUAUCUCAAUGCUAUCUCCCUUAUUUCAGUCUCAGUGGCUUCCGUGUCAUCUUUUUUUCUACCUAUGCCAAAAAGGAGCAUGUUCUUCCACAAAAAAGUAGUGACCAAAUCUGUUCAAGUAUCAUCUAUAGAAGAUAUAAAAUCAUGUGACCAGGAGAUGUCAAUCACAACCUCUGGACCAGAACCAGAAGUCAUUGGCAACAAACACUUUUUCAAAGUGCUCUUACAGUUGUGCAAAGACAUAAAAGAAUGCUAUUCUUCAAAACAGCUCAUUUACUGGUCUUUGUGGUGGGCACUUGCAACAGCGGGAUACAAUCAAGUAGUGAACUAUGUACAGGUUUUGUGGGAAUAUGUGGAGCCUGCUCAAAACUCAACAGUUUACAAUGGAGGAGUAGAGGCCGUGUCCACAUUUCUGGGUGCUCUGUCCUCCUUAUCAGUAGGUUAUGUAAAGGUAAAUUGGGAGCUGUCUGGAGAAUUGGCACUUGCCAUCUUCUCAGCUGUAAAUGCUGGAGCCUUGUUCCUCAUGGACUACAGUACAAACAUAUGGAUGUGCUAUGCUGGGUACUUAAUUUUCAAAGCAUCAUACAUGCUACUAAUCACCAUUGCUACGUUUCAAAUCGCAGUUAACCUAAGCAUGGAACGCUAUGCACUAAUGUUUGGUAUCAACACUUUUAUUGCCUUGGUGCUUCAGACCAUCCUGACAAUUAUAGUGGUAGACGCCAGAGGCCUGGGACUGGAUAUUAUAACUCAGUUCUUGGUGUAUGGAAGCUACUUUGCAGUUAUUGCUGGGAUUUUUUUUGCACGGAGCAUGUACGUCAUCAUAUCGCUGCGAUGCAUGAGGUCAAAGAAUGAACCGGAAACCAGAAUUCAAGAACAGGCGCAACUAUAGAUGCAUUCAUUUAACACACCAAAAAUCUUCACUUGUUCAACUCAGGACUUGAGAACACGUUUAAGCAUAUAACCUCUGCAGUACAGUCAACAAACAGCAUCUUUCAUAAACACGCCCAAACUGUAAAAAUGCUCACAGUGUGUUCUUAAAAAUAGCAAUUUCCUUGGUCAUAAAAGAUUAUUCUGUUACUUUGACUGAUGUUCACA